CAGAGAGCGUCUGAACUGCUUGUGUAGCUGCUAGUUAGCUUAGCCGUGCUGCUGAGCGAUGACAUGCAUUGAUGCAGAAAUGCUAUUCCAACGGGGCACGGCGUCUCGUCAGCUAGGCUAGCGUCUUGGAGUGGGGGAAAAAAAGAAAAAAAAACCUGGCUGCUUAGCUAGGAUUCUGGAUGCAGUUUCUGUGCAUCUUCGGCUGCUGUGUGUAACCCUUUAACAUAUUUCCAAAAGGACAUAAGAAGAGGUGGCCGUCAGGAAUCAGGUCAGCAGAAUUGUCAGAGCCCUUGAAGUUCUCAGCUUUGAUGCAGUACAGUGUUCCUAGUGCAAGAUGACGGAAGAGGUGAUUGUCAUCGCCAAAUUUGACUACAUGGCCCAGCAGGACCAGGAGCUGGACAUCAAGAAAAACGAGCGUCUCUGGCUUCUCGAUGACUCAAAGUCCUGGUGGAGGGUUCGAAAUGCCACCAACAAAACAGGCUUUGUGCCGUCCAACUAUGUGGAAAGGAAAAACAGUGCCAGGAAAGCGUCUAUAGUCAAGAAUCUCAAAGACACACUAGGAAUUGGGAAAGUGAAGAGCAGAAAGGGGGGUAUGAGAGAUCCAGCCCCUAAUGCUGACCCAGAUAUGAAUGCAGAUAACGGAGAGAGGCUGUAUGACCUCAACCUUCCCGCCCUGGUCAAGUUCAGCUACACAGCAGAGCGUGAGGAUGAGCUGUCUCUGGUGAAGGGAACACGUGUGGUGGUGAUGGAGAAGUGCAGCGACGGCUGGUGGCGCGGUAGCUACAACGGACGGUCAGGCUGGUUUCCGUCCAACUAUGUGACGGAGGACGUGGAUGGGACGGCGGGGGGAGGGGGUAUGGGCGGACUCGACCCUGCCGGAUCGCUGACAGAGAAACUGGCUGCGGUGGUGAACAUCACAGCGAACGGAAACCGAGUGCUGCACACAGUUCAGGCGCUCUACCCGUUCAGCUCAGGCAACGACGAGGAACUGAACUUUGAGAAGGGCGAGGUAAUGGAGGUGGUGGAGAAGCCCGAGAACGACCCGGAGUGGUGGAAGUGCCGCAAAGCGGAUGGACAGCUGGGCUUGGUGCCCAAGAACUACGUCACUGUGCUGGACUCCACCUCCCAUAAUCCGCAAGCGGGGCUCGCUGGGCCGCCCACACCCGAGUGCGACUACAUCUUGCCAUCAGGCAGCGGGCGCUUUGCGGGGAAGGAGUGGUACUACGGAAAGGUGACGCGCCACCAGGCAGAGGUGGCGCUCAAUCAAAGAGGCACAGAGGGAGACUUCCUCAUCCGAGACAGCGAGUCAUCGCCAAACGACUUUUCCAUCUCCCUGAAGGCGCAGAGCAAGAACAAGCAUUUCAAAGUGCAGCUGAAGGAAAACCUUUACUGCAUCGGACAGCGCAAGUUCAACUCUAUGGAAGAGCUUGUUGAACACUACAAAAAGGCCCCCAUCUUCACCAGUGAGCAGGGAGACAAACUGUACCUGAUUAAAGCCCUGGCUGCUUCCUGAUCCAUCUGUCUCACACAGUGAUGCACACACACACACACACACCUCUACACAUUAUUUUCAUCAACAUAUAAUACAGAUACUUACACAAGAACACACACUAACAUUUCAGCUCCAAGCCUGAAGACUUAACACAUCAUCAGGACUUAAAUGAUAUGUGAUUUGUCACAGAUUUGUGAGCAUUCCAAGAGGAGGUGUGGGGGAAAAAAGCAUGGGAGAGACAUUGAGGAGGGAGAUGGCAAGAAGGUGGACUCCUGAGAGUAACUACAGACCUCUUGGUUGCCUAUUUUAAAUUAUCCAGAUGUGUUAGGUCAUAGGCAAUGCUAUGGUUAUUUCCACCUUGAUAUCUAUUGCAUUUAGUUUUCUUUUCCUUUUUUGUUGUUGAUGUUGUUGAUAAUAUAUAAUCUUUUUAACGGUUUCUUUUAAAAAUGUGAUUUUUUUUUUUUAACUUUACACAUUAUACAACCAACACCUGACUGAGGCAUUUUCUUUCAGAUGUUAGCAAACUCGAGAGCUGAGCCGAGCCUAUAGGUCUACAUUUCAGCUUAUUUCUUUUUGUCUGUCUUAAGGCGCUGUUUGUGGCUGUGGACAAACUAAUACACAACUUCUGCUAAUCCCGAAUAAAAAUGAAGUGACCAAAAUAUAUUUAUUGAUACAAUUCUGUAAUGAUCAAUGUUGUAGAGAUUGGAAUAUCACACUGUGCAUUUUCUUUUUCUUUUUUUUUUAAGGAUUUCAAGGUUUCCUCUUAUUGUAAAAGGUCAAACUCUCUAUAUAGUGGUCUUCCUUUGUACAACAGUAUUGCUUGUCUCACAUAUUGCUGUAUCUGUAUCACGUGAAUGUUACAAAACCGAGGCAGCGUAGAUAGGGAUUUUAAAUCCUCUAACUUUGCAUGGACGCGCACAAACCGAAUAGUGUCCUAACACCUUCCGCCUAGCUCCGACAGGAGAGGGAGAGACAGUCCACAGGGGUGACGGGGAGUUUAUCUUUGCAUAUAAAGGUCAUGUGAAGACUCAAAGUAUUUUUCCCUCCUGGGUCUCUCCUCCACCCCCGGCCCAGUGUGUGGGUGACAGCAGAUGUGUCUUCGGUGUUGCCAAAGGGGAUGGAGAUGGACGGCAGUGAGGUGAGCCAGGGUGAGCUGCGCGGCUUCCAAAAAUAUAUACAGUGCUGGUUUGCCGGAGCUCUGAGGAGAAAUGGAGGGCUGGGAGGGAUGAUGUCACUGCUCCCUGAAUUGGUGAUCACUGGAGGGAAUGGAGGAGUUGAGGGUUACCCAGGGGUCGCGUUUGUGUGGUUGCAAAGCGUACACGUCGAGCUUAAGCCAGCACUGGGGUUGUCGGAGAACAAUUCCUUAUGCUGGAGAAAUGAUUAAGAAAGUGCUUGUUUUCUUUUGAUUAAUGUAUCCUAAGAGCUGCUUUAAAUGUACAUGCAGUCAAACUUUGGGACAUUAAGCUGGUUUUACCAAAUGUAUGUUCAAUGUCCGUAUGUCUGAAUGCUUUCAGCAGCACACAUGGUUUAUAUUUACAGUGAAGGACUUCUAGUGAAUGGCUGUUUUUGAGUGAAAGUGGACCAAGUAGUUGAAUGUUGUGCGGCAGCUAGUGCCGCUGCGUGCUGCCUGCAAUCAAAGCUGCAGCAGUGUCGGCGGGGAGCCGCUUCAGCAGUGUGCUCCGGGAGAUGCCGAUCACGAUGAUGAUGAUCACGAUGCCUGCGAUGAUGAGUUCUCCAGCUGUGGCCAGUUGGACCCGAGUACAGGGAGAGAGAGGAAGGAGGAGGAAAGGGGGAAAAUGGACAUUUAAAAGAAAAAAAGAGGUGAAUCAGGAGCAAAGGAGGAGACUGAGACUUUUUUCCAUUGGAUAAGAGUAUCUGGAAUCGCACACCCAGGCAGGGAAAUUGUUGCUAUAUCAUAGCAGAGACUAAAGGAGUUGAGAUGGGAGGGUUCUGGAGGUCUAGUUAAUCCAAGCAUGAAAAAAAAAUUCAGUCAUGCCACAAAGAACACAAAACAUGGGUGUGAACCUUUUUUCCCCUCCCUCCAUUCCCCAGGUGAUUGACUGAGCUAUUCACACAGAGAGCUGUGAGCAGACUUUCCUCUGUCCUGGACUUGUAUAAGAUGAAUUCUAAACAGUGAAACAAUCGGCUUUCAGUUUGGUUUAUGAUGGGUGAAAAGUGCAAGCGCCAAUUUUAAACCUGCACUGCACCACUUGAAAUCUGAAUUGAAGUCGGAUUAUGUCUUAUUUAAACGUUUAAGGCGGGAAAAGAAAAAAAAAACAUUCCAGGAGUGCACGGCUUCUGGAGGGAUUUCUGAAUGUGUGGUUUAAAGUGUCAGCAUGGCUUGAGCGAUUUUGGUUUUUUGGGUCCCAAACUAUUUUUAUGUCACGAUGUUAAAGGGACAAUUAGUGCCUGUUUGUGCUUCAUUUUCAGUCACUAGAUCAGUAUGUGGGUCAUAUAAAUUCUGUCACAUUUCCUUUAUUACGCCCAGAUCAGUGGCUGUUUGUUGUACAGCUGCCGUUUUGCUCUAUGUGAAACAGCAUUUCCCUACACUUUGAAUCAGUCCUGGCAAAAAUGCCCUCCCUAACGUUCAGUUCUGUAAGCAUCCUGCAAUAUUACGCAACGCCAACGCAACGUGCCCCAGUUUGAAGAAUCGAGGAAGGGAUUUAAAAAUGUGCCUUCACAAUUUUUUUUUUUUUUUUUUUUUGUUUGUCUACCAAAGGUUUAGUAACCGCUCCCCCCAAACCUUCUUUUAUUCUUAUGUCUUUAUCCUGUGCUUCCCACUUCUCCACUGCGACGUAUUUGGUUAAAGCUUUGCAUGCGCGUCAGUUAAGUGAUUAGUGAGCGAUGUUUUGGGAUGUCCUUCCUUAUAGGGAAGAGCAUUUCCUGGUGACGCAGGCUGAAAAUGUCAUUGUCUGACUUUUUUUUUUCUUUUUAAAUCUCCUGCAUAAAAUGCCCAUUAGUUGAUAUUGUGUGUAGUUUCAAGUGACCUUACCGUAGCUGAUUUUAAUCAAGUAUAACAUAAGUGAAUGCCUACAUUGUACAGUAUGAAACUAUGUGCUGAUGUUCAUUCAGAAACGUAACACCAGGUGUGAUAUAAUCAUGACCUGAAUCUCCAUGUAUGAGCACCUCAAGUAACGGUAUCACAUUAUUGUUGGUUGUGAGAAACUGUCACGGUUUCUAAGGAUAUAGUUUGUUUUUUUUAAAUGUCUGUAUGUAAAACUAGUGUUAAGACAUCCACUUUUCCAGUUUAGCCACUUAAAUAUGGAAAAAAAAAAAGCAAAAAAAUCCUGAGUACCUAAAUGUUUUACUUGAUAUUCCAAUGCAGAACUACAGUAUCUCCAUGCUUAGAUAUCGUUAAUGGGAUCUUUCUCACUUUACAAGAAUGGAGGCCGCAUGAGCAGAGCCUCGGAGCUGUACAGAAAAUGGUUUGAAAUCUGCAGAAAAAGAAACGCUGAAGUCAGUUGUGACUGAUAUUAUCAAGAGAUUGUCUAUCAAACUAUUAAAGAUGGAAAACUACAGCGCAGCAGAAGCUUCUUCCUGACUGCUCAACUAGCCUGAGAUCUUUUUUUUUUUAUUAUUAUUAUUAUUAUUUUCAUGAAUUUCUUGAUAAUAUUCAGAACAAGUGGCUCUGGUGUUAAAUCUUUGGUGCUUUGUGCUGCUUACAUUUCUAUGGUGGUCUUUAACUCACAAUGCUUUUUUUUUUUUUUUCCCCUCUUUUUCUUUCCCUCCCCCUCCCUGUACGAGAGUGAAGAAAACGGAUGAUAAAGGCAGUGCUGUGAAAAUUUAAUGUCAUGCUCUUAAUACUGUUUUUAUGGAGGGGAGAUUGUCUUCAGGUGUAAUAAUUUAGAAGAGUCUAUUAGAGUGUUCAAAAGACGUAAUAAACAGCAUAAAAAUGA